UAGGCACUGCCAUCUAAUGGAGGACAUAACAGCGCUGCUGCCGCACAGCAAGAAGGAGCCAAAGGUGGACGUGGCUCGCGGUCGCCAGCUCAACGAGGCGCUCUCUGAGCUCAUGGACUUACGAGGCUGCUCGCUUUGCCUCUUCUUCGAGAUGCGAAAGCAGAGGGACCUCUAUCUCUGGCUCAGCAAGGGGCCCUCAGGACCUUCUGUGAAGUUUCUCAUCAGUGCGGUGCACACAAUGGAGGAACUCAAGCUCACAGGCAACCACCUCAAGGGCUCGCGACCGUUCCUCACCUUCUCGCCCUCGUUCGACCGCCUGCCCUUCCUCUCUGUUCUCAAGGAGCUCUUUAUCCAG